AUGGGCCGCCCCAAGCGCAACCUCCUCGCCACCGUCGAGGACACCCUGACCCCUCCCGAUGCUUUGACCGCGACCCAGUCCCUCGCCAAAGUCGCCAAGGCCGAGGGAAACAACCUGUACUCUGUCGAUCUCCCGUCCGGAAACACGGCGCUGGUGGAGCUCAACCCGCGAUUCCGCUCCACUAUCUGGAUCAAGCGCGGCUCCUAUGUUGUCGUGGACCAGAGCACGCUUGCCGAGCGGGAAAACAAAAUUCAGGGCGAGAUUGUAAACGUUGUCAGGGACGAGAAGGCGUGGAGGAAGCAAGGCUAUUGGCCAAAGGAAUUCCCUAAGGUCUCGACCUAUCCGGAGGACAGCGACGACGACGACAACCGUGUCGGCAUGAUGCCUCCUUCCGAUUCCGAGGAUGAAUAG